CUCUUCAUCCGGGUAUUUAAAAUAUGGUGCUCCCCAUGUGAGAGCGGGCAAUGCAAGCAGGCAGAUGAAAUGAAAAGCCAAGUCGCAAAGUAUCUUUAAGAGAGUUUUCAAUUCUUCUUUUUCUGGGGUCUCGUGACGCUUGGACAUGUAUUUUGUUUGAGAUAAUCCGUGGGAUUGGCUGAGACAUGGACAGGGCCCAUUACGUCUCUCGGCCCAAACCUGGCGAUGAUGAGGAUGACCUGUUGGAGUUUCAGAGAACGUUUCUCUCCAGUAAAUCCUCGUCCUCUGCCACUGUUGUGACAAGUUCCAAACCAGAUAAAAGAGACGAUGAAGCUAGCAAUGGAAACGAGACUGCAGCCAUUAAGACAACCCCAGCAGAGAGGGAUGUUGUUAAGUUACAAGGCUUACCGUCUACCCUUCCCACAGCCCCGACAGAUAUGCCACAGACACCCAAGAGAUCAAAAUUCCAGCAGAAAAAGGACACAGGAAAAAGUUCUACAGAAUGUAUGGAAGACCCAGAAGAGAGUUUAGAAAAACAUGACAGACAUAUCACAAAAGUAUUGUCAGAGAUUAAGGAGAGGGAUGUUCACCAUGUACCAGUGUAUUUCCCCAGACAGGUGUCUGAUGCUUUCCCUAAGGUAUUACAGUGGGACCCAAAGUCUAAGUCCUCCUCAGGUUCAGUAAAGAAGCGGAGUAUUUUUGCCCAGCAGUUGUCUCAGCAGGGAGGAGAUCCAGUGCUUGAACAGACAGAGGAGGCGGAGGACGUGUCCUGUAUAUCAGAAAUAAUUGAGUCAGAGUGCAGAGGAAUAACAAGUGAAGAAAGGAAGAAAAUCCAUGAAGAGAAUCUAGCUACAAUGGCUUCUAUGACAGAGCAGGAAAUACUUGCUGAACAAGCUAAACUGAAGGGCAUGCUCGAUCCCAAACUUAUUGAGUUAUUAACCAAGGGAAGGCACGCAGAAACACCCAGUAAGAAGAAAGUACAGUUCCAGGUGGAGUCCACUGAGCAAAUUGUAGAAAAGAAAAACAGAUUGCAGGAAAACCCAGACUGUGAACUGAACAUCAAGCCAGAGAAGACAUGGCUGCACAUGGACAAAGUAGAGCCUGAGAAAUUAGCUUGGAUGAAAGAUCUCCCCCCAGCAAAGCUAGAUGAUAUUAAAACAGGCCAGACGGCCAGGUUUGACUUCCAAGGGUUGCUGAUCUCCAGUGAGGAGGAAGUCCCCACCCAUAUAGGACUCCAUCACCAUGGGGAAGAUCCACAGAGGCCUGGUUACACCCUAGAAGAACUUUUUACUCUGGCAAGAAGUGCCAACAUUCAGCAGAGAGUUAUGGCUUUACAAACACUGUCCAAAAUAAUUCAAAAUGCCAAGCAGGCUGUGUUUGCAGAAACCUUACAGAGGCCGAUAUUACCAGCUGUGUUAGAGGCAGGGCUGGUGUUCCUAGUACGCUGGGCUCUGGACGAUAGCGUAGAGACCACAGUGGCCGCAUCCGUCCAAGCUCUGGCCGCUCUGCUGGUCAAUACAGAUGAUGAGGCUGCCCUGGACACAGUCUCCUGCUGGUACAGAGGUCUGGAGAUACUCAAUCUUGCCUCACCACUAGAUCACAAAGACUCAGAAGAUGAAGGGGAUAAAACACAACAGACAGACGCAGACAUCGUCAAGCAAGAUGUUAUUCAGGGUUUGCUGAGAAUGGAUCUCCUUCCUCGGCUGCGGUACGUCCUGGAGGUAUUAAAACCCACGUCGUCUGUGGUGGUGAACAUCCUGGACGUCCUGUGUAGAAUAGCCUCCCACUCCCUGCAGUCUGCCCAGGACACCUUGCAGUGUCCUCGCCUGAUUGACACUAUCUGCAGGGAGUUUUUACCUCUCCAGUGGAAACCUGUCCCUGACCAAGGUCCAGUGAGCUCAGUCUAUGGCUGUCCUGUGGCCAAAGCCAUGAAGCUGAUCAGGAUGUUAUGUUCUGCUGGAAAGAACAUGGCAGCCAUUUUGGUAUCCAAAUACAAAAUAAUCAACAAUGUGACAAGAUAUAUAGCUGUACAGUUGAGUGAGUUGCAGCUCCCUGCUGGUGAGGACGAGGCACUUGUUGCUGAAAGUUUUAGAACAUGGAGAGUGUUACUUUCUUAUGGUCUUACCACGGACAGUGUGAGAGACUUGUAUCCAGUAUUAAUAGGAAAACUACAGCAUUUGUCCACAGUUUCCCUGCAGUCAGUGAAACCCAGUGCUGACUGUCUGGAGCUGAUGGCACUACUGGAGACUGUAGUACAUGUGGCCGCCAGCCACUCUUAUCUGGUGUCUAGGAAAACCAGCAGAGAGGCAGGAGACGGAGAGUGUGAGGUGGUCCUUCCUGCUGUGGACUGGAGUACUGUAGCUGGACUGAUACAACCUGUAGAACUGCUGCUGACCAAAUAUUUGGAGCAGUUUGAAGAGGACUUUAUUACACAGGAACUAGAUGUGUCAAUGCUUACCUGUGCCUUAAACUUCACUGCCACCUUUUACCUACACCUGCCAACACAGCCCAUGUAUGAUCCAGUGGUGACAUUACCACAUGUUGAAGCCAUAGUGUCCACACUGCUGACACCUUGCCUAGCAUCUUAUUCCUUCAAAAUGGCACUGUCUAGAUUAAGCAAGCACUCUGUUGUGUUAGGGGUUGACCAGUCAUAUUCCAAGGAGUCCCCAUCAAACUUGCCUUCCCUGCUGUGUACUUUGAGAUCAGGACAAGUGCCACCUGUUCUUCUCCAUAAUUCACCAUACAGUUUCCUGACUGCUAUGGCCAGACUUUUAUUGUCCAUGGGGAAGAUUCACAAAGGUUUCAAUUCACAGCUGUUUGACUCCAUACUGUGCAAUAAGGACACUCUGGGAUAUGUGAAGAGCAUCUGCUCUGUAGGUUCUAGGUCUAACACUAGCGUCCUGACCAGAUAUGAAAACCAUCUGCAGUAUUUUCUCAUCAAGCUGGCUUGCUUGAAGCCCAUGUAUGAUCCAGUGGUGACAUUACCACAUGUUGAAGCCAUAGUGUCCACACUGCUGACACCUUGCCUAGCAUCUUAUUCCUUCAAAAUGGCACUGUCUAGAUUAAGCAAGCACUCUGUUGUGUUAGGGGUUGACCAGUCAUAUUCCAAGGAGUCCCCAUCAAACUUGCCUUCCCUGCUGUGUACUUUGAGAUCAGGACAAGUGCCACCUGUUCUUCUCCAUAAUUCACCAUACAGUUUCCUGACUGCUAUGGCCAGACUUUUAUUGUCCAUGGGGAAGAUUCACAAAGGUUUCAAUUCACAGCUGUUUGACUCCAUACUGUGCAAUAAGGACACUCUGGGAUAUGUGAAGAGCAUCUGCUCUGUAGGUUCUAGGUCUAACACUAGCGUCCUGACCAGAUAUGAAAACCAUCUGCAGUAUUUUCUCAUCAAGCUGGCUUGCUUGAAGACAGGAGCAGUAAAAGCAGAGCAGUACCACCAGUUAUCUUUGUGCCUUUUAACUCGCCUUCAACACGGGGAUGAACAUUACAUCCAUGACAUACUCUCCACAGUACUCUUCAACCCUGAUUUCCUCUGUCUAAACCAUUCAGAGACAAAAUUAAAAAGCUCAGUUCAUGGCCAUCAUGAACAGAAACUGCCCAGUGAAAGUGGUGGAGAAAUGGAAAAAGACCUCAUGAAAAAUAUCCAGAAAAACCUGCCUAGCAUACGGGCAACGUACCUGGAGAGUUUUGGAAGAGAUGUUAAAAAUCUCCUAAAAUCAAGAUCAUGGUCACUCCAUCUUGCCCAUGAAGUGGACACUCAAAUGACCGGCCCCCUGACCAACCCCGUUGUUCCUGUAGACUGGAUGUUCCUCCCCCUGAUGGUGCUCUACCAGGUCACUUCUACACUAGAGGCAGCAGGGGAAUCUGCUGAAAAGUUGCCAGCCAAGCACGUGUCCACAGUGUCCAACUGCCUCCAGUGGGUCUACCUUUUAGAGCACUGUAGACAUCAGCUCACCAGGGACAUCUCUGCCGCUACCAGGAUCAGCAGAGUCAUGUGCACCUUUCUCAUUGGCAGUGACUUGUUUUUAGAAGGGCCAGUCCACUGUUUGUUGGCAGCUCUAAUGAAGAUGUAUUGUCAGGCAAAUAUUAUGGAAACUGUGGAUUUUGAUGAGAAGAUACCAGGCCUUGCGUCUUUCUAUGACCUCUUUGUUUCCCUUGUGGAGCAGUAUGAGGCAGUGUCAUUUGGCGACCCACUGUUUGCCAGCUAUCUGCUGCUUCCAAUGGCUCAGAGACACAGUGUACGGUAUAGGAAGGCGGUGUGGGGAGAGCNUUUACUGCUAGAGGCAGCUGGAGAAUCUGUUGAAAAGUUGCCAGCCAAGCACGUGUCCACAGUGUCCAACUGCCUCCAGUGGGUCUACCUUUUAGAGCACCGUAGACAUCAGCUCACCAGGGACAUCUCUGCCGCUACCAGGAUUAGCCGAGUCAUGUGCACCUUUCUCAUUGGCAGUGACUUGUUUUUAGAAGGGCCAGUCCACUGUUUGUUGGCAGCUCUAAUGAAGAUGUAUUGUCAGGCAAAUAUUAUGGAAACUGUGGAUUUUAAUGAGAAGAUACCAGGCCUUGCGUCUUUCUAUGACCUCUUUGUUUCCCUUGUGGAGCAGUAUGAGGCAGUGUCAUUUGGUGACCCACUGUUUGCCAGCUAUCUGCUGCUUCCCAUGGCUCAGAGACACAGUGUACGGUAUAGGAAGGCGGUGUGGGGAGAGCAUGUCACAGUCCUCAGGCUGGUCACAGUGACCUGGUCACAGCUUCCCAUACAGUUGCAGAACUUUCUAGAGCCAGAGGAAACCAACUUGGAGCUACUGAGAUUCUACCUUCAGUCUCUCCUCAGUAGUAGUGUGACUCCUAGUAGAAACCCAGUACUGUAUACCAUAGCACUGCACCACGUGAACAGGUUUAUAUACCUCCAGGGUCAACAUAUGAAGAUGAAAAAACUGAUGAUUCAGCAGAUUUGUAAGACCACAAAUGAGGAUUUAAAAAAGCAUCUUCUGUUUUACAAGAUGGCCAACAAAGAGUCACUUGAAGGUGUAGAACUGUACUCUGUAUUGCCUCAACACAGGAAGGAGCUGCUGACUUCCACAGUGCCUGACAUAGAAGACUUUUUAAAAAAUGCUUGUCAUGAAGGUUAAAAAUUCACAGAAAAAAAAGUAAUUUAAAAAGCGCUAGCUUUGAAGAUUAAAAAUUCACAGAAAUAAGAAUUUACUGUCCACAUAUUAGUUCCCUGUUGUGAUGAACAGGAAUUUUAUGUUCGUGCGUAAUGGAGCUGGACAAUUAUGAGAAGAUUCUGAGUACCUACAUCAAUAAAAAUUGAAAGUUGUUUACAGUAAAGAAACACCUCUACCAUAGGUAAUAAAAUCCAAUCAUGAUUUUUUUUAAUCCAGCCUUACGAAGAAGUAUGAAAGACUAAUUUUUCAUUUAUUAAUUUUUCAAAAUGUUGCAUCAUGUUAUUAAAGGGAUAAUAACUCUUCGU